AUGGACGGACUCAACGACUACAGGGCAGCCCGGGUGGCAGAGAUCCUGUCUGAUUUUCGAAGUUUACAAUACUACAUCGCCGCAGCUCCAGUUGAUCCGGUAGAUGCGACGGAGUAUUGGACAGAAGGGUGGGCUGCACUCCGGCAAUGCGCCCUCGAUGGGCAACACAUUCUAAACUGCGCAGCCGACGUGUCAGUCCCCCAGACUACAGGUGGGGAGGCCGAGCAGGAUCUUGCAGAGCUUAGACAGAUUUUGCUUGACGCCUUCGCGCGCAGGCAUGUUGGCCAAAAAAUCUAUCUCCGGCAGGCUGCGGCGCAACGAUGGAUACAGUACCGGGAGCAGGUUCUCCAAACCGAGCAGUCCUCGUCAGCUCGGCGGCGUGGGCUCAAAGCCUGCGAUGACCAGUUACGCCUAGAGUUGCAACAAAUCACCGACGAAAUAAUCUAUACCGAGCUACGAGCGUCGGACACCCAAAUGGGCCGCUGGACGGACGAAGACCCUAGCCUAAGAGCUGUGCAGCGCUGGGUGCGAGCUCGCCCUUCGACAACUUGA